CGUGAAACGACACUGCGACCGACGCGGACACAGGCCUCUCAUGCGACCGAGAUGUCCAAGCUGAAGCCUCGAACUCAUAGCACACAGUCAGUGCCGGACGUGUUGUCGUCGCCAUUGCCUUUGUACAAACUUCCCACGGAAGUUAAGGUCGCCAAGACAGGAUGCCCAGAACGACUACCUGAGCUACCCGUGAUCCGACACCUAUUGAACAGCCCACACUCUCCUGAGGCAAUCUUGGUGCCCACAACAUCAUCUCUCACAUCUUCCGCUGCCCCCGUGAUGCCCUUACCUGUCGAAGACAGCGACGACGAUGAAGACGACGACGACACCACGCGACGAAUGACGGUUUACAGCUACUACGAUCCUGGGUUGACUCACAUGGAAUCUGCGACCACCCUCCAGUUCGAUUCGAUAUUUGAAAGUGGCAACCUCCUUCGCGCAGACCGCGUGCGGUAUCUGGACCAUCCUACCCAAGACGACGACGCAUUCCACGAGUACGAGCUCUACAUUCACCCAGACAUCAACAACAGCGCGUAUCGCCAAUGGUUUUACUUUUCCGUGACGAAUGGUGUCCCAGGCACGUCCUAUCGCUUCGCCAUCGUCAAUUUGGCCAAGUCGGGUGCCUUGUUCAAGAUCGGCCUUCAACCCGUCGUGUACUCCGAAUUGGAUGCAGCCGAGAACGGCGUUGGGUGGAGGCACCGCGGCCACAACAUUUCGUACGAGCCGUCCUCGAGACAAGAAGGAUCCAAUACGCUUUCGUUUACGUACACCUUUUCAAGACCCGGUGAUCGAGUGUACUUUGCAUGCAUCCAGCCAUAUACAUACACUGACUUACAGGAGUACUUGGACGCUCUCGGCAACGACCCUGACCGAUCCGUCGUGUGUCGGCGCACGGAAUUAUGCCUCACGCUUGCUGGAAACUCGUGCGACUUGCUCACGAUCACUGCUCCUGGAAAGGAGGGGAAGUCUGUCGACGGAAGGCGAGUCAUUUUCAUAUCGGCGCGAGUGCAUCCAGGCGAGGCAAACAGCAGCUUCAUGAUGAAGGGCAUGAUUGACUACCUGACGUCGAAAGCAUGCGGGGCCGUCGUGUUACGCAACAACUUUGUGUUUAAGAUUGCGCCGAUGCUCAACCCGGACGGCGUGAUCAACGGCAAUACCCGAGUCAACUUGGCAGGAUGGGACCUGAAUCGAAAAUGGGCGUACCCGGUCGAAAAGCUGUUUCCGACCAUUUUCCAUCUGAAACGACUCAUCACCAACUACCAACGCCCGCAACCCCCCCUCGGCAUGCCCCGCGUCGCCAUCUACUGCGACCUCCAUGGCCAUAGCAUCCAACGCAACAUCUUCACUUACGGGUGCUUCAAACCAACGAGAAAAGCCAAACCCCCGUCCGAGUCCAAGCUCGUCGCGAGCGACGACCCCCGCGUCUUCCCCAUGCUUGUGGCAAAACACUCGGACAUGUUUUCAUUUGCCCACUGCAAUUUCAAAGUCCAGCCGUCGAAGCGCAACACCGCGCGGGUCGUGGUCCACCAAGAGCUCGGCGUGGUCAACUCGUACACGCUGGAAGCAUCCUUUUGCGGCCCGGACUUUGGCGUCAGAAAAGACACGCAGUUCUCGAUCGCAGACCUUGAAGCUAUGGGCGUACACUGGUGUCGCACGCUGCUCGUGUAUUUUGACCUGACCGGUGAAGUCGCGGCUGAAGAAGAUCUUAUCCAGCGCCAAGGACCCCCGCAACAACCGCAUGAGAGCAGCACCAACAACCUUCGAGAGAAACACAUCAUUUCCAUUCCAUCAGCGACCACACUUACUCCGAGUGCGCACGACUGCACUGUUCCGACAAAAGAACACGAUGGCCCCGAAGGUCGGUUGUGGCACUCUAACGUCCUCAACGCAUGCGAGUCCGAGUUGUCUGGACUGACCGACAUGGUAUUCAAGGAAGAGCUCUUCGAAAACGGCAUGUGCUGCAACGACUGCGACUCGGACGUGUCCGAGGCUGCCGACGAUGCCAUUGCCCCCAACCACGCCCUCCCUGAAGUGUACACGCCAUCGGUUGUAAAGAAGCCGAAGAAGGGCAAAAAGGCAAAGAAGGGCAAGAAUGCCGCGAAAAAGAAAAAGCUGAAGAAAAAACGAGGCUCGAUCAAGGACGAGACGUGCCAAGCGGCCGAAGUCGUGCUCAAGUUGUCCAAGACCAGCACCGGUGCCAUCGUCGUUCCCGACUCCACGCCACUCGCAGGUCAGCUCGUCGGCCGACGACGCUUUUCGCUCGACUUGAGCAUCGAUCUACCAACCAACGUGUACAUGCACUUGAAGCAACGGCCGUCAAGUAGCAGCAGCGUGCCCAGCGUGAGCCCGACGUUUGCGUUGGCAUCCGACAGUGCCGACACUGGAGACGUCCUCAGGCUGGUGCGACCGACGUCGGGAUAGAACUAGAUGCCGUGUAAAUUCGUAACUUAUUGCCACCGCAGCACGCAAUCGCAGAA